AUGAGUAAAGAACAUUUUAGGAAGUUAUUAUCACUCGAUUUAGAUAGAGAUAUUAAGGAAAGUAAACAUUUUAUAAGAAAAGAAGCUCCUAUUUAUGAAUCCGAUUUAUCACAUACUUCAAGUAAUAUAGAGCAAAAUUCAAAUAGCUUGCUAGGUCUACUUUCUAUUAAAACAUCUACAGAUGAUUCUAAAAAUUCUAUAAAAAGUGAAAUAUUAUGUACUUAUAAAAGAGUUAGUUCAUUAAGUGAAUAUAUAUUUAAAUUUAAAAAAUUAAAAACAGAAAAUAAUACUUUUGAAAGUAAUAUAUUUAGAAAAUUUAAUACUAAUAAAAAAAAUUUAGAGUUAUCAGAUUUAGACGCAGAUCCUAAUCUAAGUUCAGAAUACGAUUCUACAUUUAGUGAAGCGAGUGUUAUUAAAGAAAUAAAAAAUGAUUACAGUAACAAUGAAAAUAAUUCAAAACAUACUGAUACAUUUGGCGAUGAUAUAUAUAAACAUAAUUCAAAAAAUAAGUUCCCCAUUAGAAAUAGUGAAAACUUUAAAAAUUAUAUGAAAAUCGAGAAAUCUCCUCUAUCAUUUUAUCUAAAUACUAUUUACAAAAUAGAUACAUAUAACUUUAAUAAGGAAAGGGUCUUUUCUAAGGAAGCUUUAUCUUUUGUAAAAAUUAAUAAAGAAAUAAAUAAAAAAGAUUUAAUUAAUGACAUUAGAGAAGUUGUUUCUCAUUCUGAUAAUAUAUCAUAUAAUUACAUGUUAAAAAAAAAUGCAAUAAAUUACAUAUUAAAAUGGAUUAGAAGGCAUAAUGAAUUAAUAAAUGGGUAUACACAGAAUAAUGAAAAAAAAGUUAAGAAAACGUUUUACAAAAAUAGAAGAAUAGUUAAGAAGAUAUAUGUGAAGGAUAUCAAAAACAAAAAAAUAAUGAAAGAGUUAACAUAUAAUGAAAAUAAAAAAUUAUUAAAAAAUAUAUGGGAUAGGAAGAAUUAUUUAUAUAAUAAAAAAAAUAACCAUUACUUUUUAAAAUUUUUUUUUGAUUAUAUCAUUUCCUUUUAUUCAAAGACUAAAAGGAAAUAUUUAUCACCAAAAAGAAAUUUAAAUUACUUUGAAAGAUACGUUAUCAAAUUUCUAUUUCAAAAUUUACAUAAGGAAGAUAUGUUUAAAUUUAAAAGUAUAUCAUUAAAUUCUAUAAUGGAUAAAAAUGAAAAGAUAGAGAAUGUUGAAGAAAUGGAUAAUGAAGCAUCUUUUAUUUUUUCAGAAAUAAAUGAAAAUGUAAAUAUCGGAAAAGGAAAUAUUAUUUUUCCUGGUUGUAAUGUUAUAGUUAAAAAAGCAAAAAUAUAUAUAGGAGAAAAUAACUUAUUUGAAGAUAAUGUUACUAUAAUAAAUAAUACAAAUAAAAAUAUGUACAUUGGUAAUUAUAAUAUUUUUAGGUCAGGAACAUGUAUAACAGAUUCUCUUAAAAUAGGAAAUAAAAACUAUUUUGAUUAUAAAUGUCAUAUAUACAACAGCAAAAUUGGAUGUUCCUCAUUUAUAGGGGUAAAUAUGUUCAUAGAUCAUAGAUGGACUAUAAAAAAAAAUUUAAAAAUUGUUGAUAAUAUUCUAACCAAUAUGAAUCCCGUAUUUGUUGAAGAAAAUAUACAUGAAAUAAAUCUUCGGUAUAAUUAUUUAAAGAAUUCAGAAUAA